AUGACCCCCCCAGGCGGUCUCGUGGCUGAAAACCCGUCCGCCGCGAUACUGGACGACUUUGCGGGACCCUAUAGUUUCCUACACCCUGAUUUCGGCACAUGUGUGGCUACGCCAGUCCGCGUCCAAGAAAUAGGGGAACUCACCCUCCAAUCAUUCUACCCUUCUUUCUCGCUGGCACUCAUCGGCGCUGCUCUCCAGCAGAUCGAAGACGACGGCGCACAGCCGACCCCAGAGAUCUUCUCUGGAGUGGAAUCGAAUCGAGGAGUGGAAUCGAACCAGGGACUGGAGGCCAGUCGGGAAGCGGAAUCGAACCGGGGAGUGUCGGGUGCCAAGUCGUCGGCCACGGUCAAGCCCGCUGGCGAGGGAGGAGAAAUGCCAGGCGUACUUCGUGCGCUGUUGGGGUGUCAGAAGGAGCCUUGGACCCGAGAGGCAGCCGAAGAAUUUGUCACGGCCAAAACAGACGAAAUCAAAGAUCUCAUUGCCAACGAACCGCUCUUACAAAAUGCCCUGGAAAGGCUAAGAGCACCGUCAGACGUGCUCCUGAAUACUAUGGAGGCUUUAAUGAGGGACAAAUUCAUAAGGAACAAGGAGAUCUGUUCCCAGCUCGUAGCCACGGACAAUAGAGUUCUACAGUUUAAGCCAGAUUAUAGUCGCAACGAAAUUAUCAACAGCCAGACUCUUAUUGACCACAGGCGAAACAUUGUGUUGAUAGAUCGGUUGCUGUCCAAGGUGCGCGAGGAUUUCAAGCACCCGUUGCGCGGCAUAUUCCGAUGGAUUAUUGACUCCGUUCCAAUCGAGUUGGAUUUUCACCGGCGUCCGUUUUUGGGAGUAAACGAGCAUAAGGAGGAAGAGCAGAGUUUGUUACCCAAGGAUAUAAUUCCUGUAUCUUCAUUUCAAAGUCAUGUGUUGAGACACAAGGUGGAUUCACGGAGCUACUUUGAGGAAGAAAUAGAAGCGGCGCACUUGUUCGAUCGUUUUCCAUGCAAUGAGAAAGAAGAUCGGAAGGAGACGGGUGAUCAGGAGUUUAUUCGACGACGUAAAAGACGAUUGAUUGAGGAGUUAACAGGUGGUAUUGACACCGCGGUGGUGGAACCUUCCGCUUCAUUCUUGAUGGGCUUCGGCCGUCUGCCAUACAACGAAGUGCAAUGUUUUAACCCCUCCGUGUCCCGCUCCCACUGCGCCAUCGUGCCUCUAGUCAAGGGACACUUCGUCAUCGUCGACUUGAACAGCAGCGCAGGCACUGUUCUCAACGGCACACCCCUCCCCCCCUGCGUCUUUCUCCCACUCAAACCUACCGCCAAUCCUCGCUGGGCCGACGACAGACGAGACCGAGGCGACGAUAGACGAUCCGAACGGAGCCGCUCCGACCGCAACGACUACCGCAGAAGAGACGAGCAGCGAGAGGACCGCGACGACUGGUCCCAGGACUACAGGGAUUUUGCAAAUCGGAGACGGCCGCGAAGAGACAGUUCUGAAUGCGGACGUGGGCACACGGAAGCGCGCGGGCACACGGAAGCGCGCGGGCACACGGAAGCGCGCGGGCACUCGGAAGCGCGCGGGCACUCGGAAGCGCACGGGCACUCGGAAGCACACGGGCACACGGAAGCGCGCACCCGGCCGCGCGACGGGCCUUACGGCUCUGAGUCUCGGAACCCGGCUCACGCCCGGCCGAACGGACACUGGGAUGACCGCAGAGACCGGGACGAUCGUAAGGAGUUGAAUGACCGGAGAAAUCGAGACGAGAGGAAGGACUGGGACGAUCGGAGAGACUGGGACGAUCGGAGAGACUGGGACGAGAGGAAGGACUGGGACGAUCGGAGAGACCGGGACGAUCGGAGAGACUGGGACGAUCGAAGAGACCGAGACGAUCGGAGAGACUGGGACGAUCGGAGAGGACCGGCUUACCACGAGUUGCUUUUGGGCACCAGCUCUCGCGUGUUCAAGAUAAAGUGCGGCCGCGUGGACAAGAGUGAGCUGCUACGGAUCCGCAGACGCGAACUGCAGCAGAAGCUGCGAGCUCUCGAAGCGGGGCUGAGUCGAGAUUCGGCGGGGCGUCCGGAGACUAAGAACUCAAGAGGAGAACAUACCGGUGGUGACCGAGUUAAGAUCAGAGGGUUCCCGAGGGCAUUUGAGACGCAAGAUUUAGAAAGUCUCCUGAGGCAAAACCAGUUCCCCUUUCGGGUAAGGCACGUCCCGUAG